UAGAAUCACAACGCAUCGUUCACGUAAUAAAAUAAAAUUGCUUAAAAUAUUUAAAAAAUAAAAUGCAGACACGCGUCAAACCCAUGAAAUUUUGAAGACUGGGCAAAACUUUAUGUUCACAAUUGAAAAGCCGAUUUAAACGUUUCACAACAUUUUGUUACUUGCUAAAGAGUUCAUGCAUUAUUAAAAGUAAAUUAAUUUUCAAUAAAUUGCAUGUCAUAAAUAAAUUCACAGUUAAAAAAAUAAUAAGUGAAAGGUUCCAGUGUCACGAAAUCAUGUUCUAAUCAAAACUAAUUAUUUCUAUUUGCACAUUGCAAAAUUUGGGAAAUUAACGAUCUACAGAACACAUUUAUUAUACAGUUUGAUUGAAUUGUUUAAAACUCCGAUACAUAAAGGAGUAAAUACGUUAGGAAAACUUAAAAAUGUAAAAUUCAAAUUUCGAAAAUGAGCGAAACGGAAAAAUUAAAGACUCGAAAGCGUAAGAAGAAAUUCAAAAAAAGAACGACUGCCUCCUCCCACUCAGAAUUGUCCCUGAAAUCUGACGAUGCCUCAAACAUACAGGAUAAGGAUAACGAUUGGCCGUUUACACCAAUUCCAGAAAAACUGGACCCCGAGAAAGAGCUGGAAGCUCUGCUAAGAAAACUGGGGCCCGGAAAUGUUCCCGCGAUCGCGUACAAACUUUACAACCUCCCCUUCGUCGACCACUCCGAGUGCAUUUAUCUCCUCACCAGAAAAAUACUGGAGAUCGAUCCUUCUCUUCGAAAUAGGAAAUAAAUGCAUAAAUAAAUAUGUUAUCCAUGCAGAUCCUGAAUUCUUACAGCAAGUCGCUCCGUAGCAUGGCUAUGAUCAUGGAUACACUCUUAAAAAUUACUCUUUUGAAAACGUAGUAAACACACUCUGAAUUCAAUAUUCGCAAAGUAUGCGAAAUCCAAAGUAACGAUACGUAAUUGGAGAAAGGUCAAAGCUUAUCCUGAAUUUAGUGCAAUUAAUUUCCACAAAUAAUUUAUAAUUCAGACUGUAUUUGCUGUUCAAAAUGGUAGUUAUUUUUAAGAGUGUAGAUGUAUAUACAUAUAUUAUCCAAAUAUUAACUUCGUAAACUAUUUAAACUACCAGAUUAGUAACUAACAAAUGGUGCAAUUUAUUACGGAUACAAACUGCAUAGAUAGUAAACAAUGUACAAAUUCGAGUAUCUUGGGGGUACUCAUGGCGAUUUGGUAGCAUUAUUAUUUUUUAUUAGCAAAUAAAACUAAAUUUCCAACGUCGCAAAAAAAAGCAAAAAAAUUAAUUUGCGAACUUGUUAGAAAAACUACAAAAUUUCACAUGGAUGAUACAAUUGGUACUAAAUAAAUAUUAGUCGUAUGAAUGAAUACCCUUAAUACUCUAAAUAUCUUAAAAUAUGGCUCACCAGUUACGACAUUUGGCAAGCGUCGCAAGAUUUAUUAUUGAAAAUCGUGUAACAAACAAACCCUAAAAUUUGUACUUACACCAUUUCACGAUACAAGAACAAUUACUGUAAUUGAAUUACAUAAAUAUGUAAAUAUGUGUGUUCAAAUAUAAUAAAAUAUUUCUGCAUUAAUA